AUGGAUAGUUCAGAAUAUUCAACCGGUAUUGUCUUAGGGAAAAUUCCUGAGAACACUUUAAAUGUAUUAGGACGUCGAUUUGUGCAAGAUCAAUGUGACAUGGCGAAAUUGGCUUGUUUAUCUGAUCAUUUAAUUGAUGAGGAGUUGCAUAACAGAAACAAGUUUCAAAAGUCAACUGCUAGAACACCUAGUUAUCCGACCUCAUUUUCCUCAAACUUACAGGUCCAAUCUCCACUUUGGGAUAGCAAUAACGAAUAUAUGACAAUGGGGUUUUUAGAUUCUAUCUCAGAACAUCAAAGACAAGCCCCAUUGUUCAAUCGUGAGAAUCAUAUUAUAAAUUCAGGGUCUGUUGGAACUUCGGGCACUGCAGGUACCGGGAUUGCCAACGAUUACUAUGGAUCAAAUGGUAAUUUGGCUGGAAAAACUGGUAGAAGGUUUGAAUUUCCUGUCAAGACCUGUCACUAUUUUAAUAAAGGAUUUUGUAAGCAUGGAACUAGCUGUAGAUAUUAUCAUGGACAGAGUGUCCCUGAUGGAUUCUCUCAUACGUAUGGAAAUGAAAAUGUUAACGAUGAUCAGAUAAUUUCACCUGGGUCACUAGCACAACUAGAGUCAGAAAUUGUUGAACUCCUAAAACUGAAAAAGGGUGGUUCUAUAUCAAUUGCUUCACUUCCAAUGGCAUACCAUGACAAGUAUAAGAAGGUGCUGCAAGCAGAUGGCUACCUCACUGAGAGCCAGAGACAUGGUAAGUCUGGCUACAGCUUGACAAAGCUUCUUGCCCGGUUGAAAAAUAGUAUUCGGCUGAUUGACAGGCCUCAUGGGCAGCAUUCGGUUGUUCUGGUGGAAGAUGCUCCAAAGUACAAUGGAAAGGUAGAUUAUGGUAAAUACAUCAGUGCCUCACGUCAAAUAUACCUGACAUUUCCUGCUGACAGCACUUUUAGCGAGGCUGAUGUUUCAAACUACUUCAGCACUUUUGGAAAAGUUGAAGAUGUAAGGAUUCCAAGCCAAGAAAGAAGGAUGUUUGGAUUUGUGACAUUUGAUGAUCCUGAAACUGUUAAAGUAAUUUUGGAUAAGGGAAAUCCCCAUUAUGUUUGUGAAUCACGGGUUCUUGUGAAACCUUACAAGGAGAAGCCAAAACUUAUGCUCAGGAAGCACUCACAUAGAGUUGAUCACCCGCAACCGCAACCGCAACCACACCCGCAACCGCACCCUGCUUAUCACUCACCACAUUACUUAGACUUUGAGACUGAACCCACCUCAAAUUUUGUAGUUCCAAGAGGUUGCAGGAACUCUCGAUUUCUUAGGAGGCUGCUCUUUGAACAGCAAGAGGAGGCCCUUGAAUUUCAGAGAAGACGUUUUGCAGAGUUGCAAUUGGCCCAAAAUUCUUUUUCCACUUCACCCCAUUUAGGCUUUAACAUGGACGGAUCAACAGUUUUAGAUGAUCGUUUCAAUGUCCAGCCUGUUGAAUCUUGCAAUCAUGUUCUGAAUGACAAAGCCAGAUACAUGGAUAACAAUUACACUGAUGAGGACAGUCUUCUCAUAAUUGAUGAGGUCAAUUAUGAAAUGGAAUAUUUCUUGUUAUGUCAUGUGGACCAAGUCCAUGUGAAUCCAGCACAAAGAUUGGACUUUAAUUCCCAUGAUAUAUACUAUGAAGCUAAGAUGUCAAACUAUGAUUGA